AUGAAUUCGACUAAUAAUCCAUUUAUUUCGCCAGAGGUAGCUGCAGAAUCAACAUUAAAUUCGGAAAUCUCUUCUUUGAUGUCAAGAUUUUUGUUUACGACAUCAAAGUCUGUUAGUGAAUGUAUCGAAUUUAUGCAAGAACUUACGCAUGGCUCGGGGAUGAUAUCCAUGUUAUACACGAAUUGGAAAUUAACUCCCAGUGAUGAAGACAACACGACUCUAUUUACCGAUCCAGUUUCUUAUGGAAAUUGUUCCUGUGGGAUGCACAGUUCAUGUACAGCACUGGCAAUGAUCCCUGGUUUACGCAUUGGAUGUUAUCCUUCAACGGCAAUUAUGCAAUCAACACUUGAAUGCUUCUAUAACGAAACGUGUGUCUCGAUGUUUUUUCGGAGCAAAGAGAUGGCCAUCGCUAACUAUCGAUAA